AUGGGGGCGCUGCGCGGCGGAACGCCGGCCGGCGCGGGGCCCGCGCUGGCGCUGCUCGUGCUGCUGAGCGCGCUGGCCGCCGGCCGCGCCUCCCCGCGGCUCCUGGACGUCCCGGCGCCCGAGUGCUCGCAGGAGGGGCUGGACUGCGCCGUCAGGAAUAGUACCUGUCUGGAUAGCAGCUGGAUCCACCUUCGAAACCUGACCCCUUCUUCCCCGAAAAACAUCAAGCUGCAGCUGGGCUCUGCCCACACCCGGCUUGGAGAGCUGGUCCCUGUGCUGCACAUUGAGUGGACCCUGCAGACGGAUGCCAGCAUCCUGUACCUGGAGGGCGCGGAGCUGUCCAUCCUGCAGCUGAGCACCAAUGAGCGUUUGUGUGUUCAGUUUGAGUUUCUGUCCAAACUGACACAUCACCACAAGCGGUGGCGGUUUACCUUCAGCCACUUUGUGGUAGAUCCUGGCCAGGAAUAUGAGGUGACUGUUCACCACCUUCCCAAGCCCAUCCCUGAUGGAGACCCAAACCACCAGUCCAGGAACUUCCUUGUGCCGGACUGUGAGGACUCCAUGGUGAAGAUGACGACGCCUUGUGUGAACUCAGGCAGCCUCUGGGAUCCCAACAUUACGGUGGAGACCCUGGACACCCAGAAGCUGCAAGUGAGCUUCACUCUGUGGAAUGAGACCAUCCCCUACCAGGUCCUGCUUAACAGUUUUCCACGCACGGAGAACCAGAGCUGCUUUGGGCGCAUAUGGCAAAUACACGCGCCCAGAGAAGAGGAAUUCCACCAGCGCGUCAAUGUCACUUUCACUCCCACUCCGUACAGUUUUAACCUGUGUUGCCGCCACCAAGUACAGGUUCAGCCCUUCUUCAGCAGCUGUCUGAAUGACUGCCUGAGACACGUUGUGACUCUGCCCUGCCCAGCAGUCCCACAAGCUCCAGACUCCAUCGCAGGCUCUCUCCCUCUGUGGGCAUACGGCUUUGUCAUGGUGGUCGCCAUCCUGCUGGUUGGCUCUGUGAUUCUGCUGAUCGUCUGCAUGACCUGGAGGCUCUCUGGAUCUCAUAAUGAAAAAGAUGGAAAUGAUGCCAAAUUAAACGGCGCCCUGCCUGUGGCUGACCUGAAGCCCCCACCCCUGAAGCCCAGGAAGGUCUGGAUCGUCUACUCAGCUGACCACCCCCUCUACGUUGAUGUUGUCCUAAAGUUCGCCCAGUUCCUGAUCACCACAUGUGGCACUGAAGUGGCCCUCGACCUCCUGGAGGAGAAGAUCAUCUCAGAGGUGGGGGUCAUGACCUGGGUGGGCCGCCAGAAGCAGGAAAUGGUGGAGAGCAACUCCAAAAUUAUCAUCCUGUGCUCCCGGGGCACCCAGGCUAAGUGGCAGGCCAUGCUGGGCUGGGCCAAGCCUGCUGUCCAGCUGCGGUGUGACCAGAGGCAGCCCGCUGGGGACCUAUUCACAGCGGCCAUGAACAUGAUCCUGCCAGACUUCAAGAGGCCAGCCUGCUUUGGCACCUACAUCGUCUGCUACUUCAGUGGCAUCAGCAGUGACCAGGAUGCCCCUGACCUCUUCAACAUCACGUCCAGGUACCCACUUAUGGACAAAUUUGAAGAGGUUUACUUCCGCAUCCAGGACCUGGAAAUGUUUGAACCUGGCCGGAUGCACCAUGUCAGGGAGCUCACGGGGGAAAAUUACCUCCAGAGCCCAAGUGGCUGGCAGCUCAAGGAGGCUGUGGCUAGGUUCCGGGAGUGGCAAACCCAGUGCCCAGAUUGGUUUGAGCGGGAAAAUGUCUGCUCAGCAGACGAGCAGGACCUCCCGGCCCUGGACGAGGAAGUGUUCGAAGAGCCGCUGUUGCCCACAGGGAGGGGCAUUGUCAGACAGCAGCCCCUGGUACGGGAGCCCACCUCCGAAGGGUGCCUGGUGGUAGAUGUCUGCGUCGGAGAAGAAGGAAAGGCAGUGGCAACGCUGGACCCACAGCUGCAUCCCCAAGGCCCGCCGGUGGUGGCCCAGACCCUUGAAGGGGGGGUGCUCCCAGCAGAGCGGGUCCCUGCGGCCCACACGGUGGAACCCGUGCCCGCCGCUCACGGGGGUGGAGCAGCCAGGCAACUUGCUGUGGCAGAAGAUAGCGAGGCCUGUCCACUGCUGGGGGCAAGGCGGAACAGCAUCGUCUUCUCCCCCAUGUCCCACGACUCGCCUCUCAGCAGCACUCCCAUGGCGUCACCUAACCUCUCAGGGGAUGGGGAGGAGCAGCUAGAAAGCUUGAUGCUGUCCGUGCUGCAGCACAGUCUACUCAGCCAGGCCCAGGAGGGCUGGGAGAGGCCCGCCGUGGUCCUCAAGGACCCCUGCACACCCUAUGGGGAGGAGCAGCGGCAGUCAGUGCAGUCUGACCAGGGCUACAUCUCCAGGAGUUCGCCACAGCCCCCCGAUGGGCCCACAGACAUGGAGGAAGAGGAGUCAGACCUGAGUGAGUUGGCUGAGUCCCUCUCUCCCGAGGCCCUACAGAGCCUGAGGUGCCUCCAACGGCGGCUUUUCUUCCAGGAGCUCCAGAAGAACCCUGGCUGGGACAGCUUGAAACCACAGAGACUGGCCACAGAAGGGCAGGCUCCCUCUUAGAGCCUCUGGUCCUGGGCGUGGGAGAGGACGCUGUGUGUAUGUAUGUAUAUGCCUUUGCGUGUGCAUGUGGCAAGAACCUGCUUUUAAGAUGUGGACAUACUAGCCAGGCGCGAUGGCACAUGCUUGCAGUCCCAGCACUUGGUAGGGCUGAGGUAGGAUGAUUCCUUGAGCCAGUUCAGGGCUAGCCUGGGCAACAUAGCAAGACCUCAACAAAAUAAAAUGUAGACGUCUUGAUUCUUA